AUCAGCAUCAUUAUCUGAAGCGUGCUCGCGGAGCGCCACCGCCUUCACGCGCCGCAGCAUCAGGAGGACCAUCGAGGACAAUGUGCCGCGAGCGAGUCACCACAUCCACGCGUUAAUCCCGCGCUAUGAAUCAUGUAUGUGAUAGUACUGUCAAAUUUGCUCGCGUGCGUCCUCGCGUCCUGUCUCCAGCCGUCCGUGGCGUCCGCCGUGUUAGAGAGCGAGCCCUCCAGGGAAGCGGUGUCAUUGCUGCUACAGCAGGGUGAUACUGCAGACCGACAGACGCAGAAUGCCAGCCGACUGCAGGAGUCUGAGCACACGCUAACUUAUCCAUCUCGCCUCAUCUACUACCUAAACGAAGCAUCGGAGAGCACGUACCAUGACCUCAACACUCACGCCAAGACCCCUGACCAGCAUGGACAGGAGGUUCAUCUCGCUCAGGCUUCAUUUCAACUACACGCCUUUGGAACCCAAUUCAUUUUGGACCUAACAUUAAACAAUGAUCUGCUGUCAUCAGAUUAUGUAGAGAUACAUUAUGAAGGAGGAAAACCCGUCCUAUGGAAGGGUGGAGAGCACUGUUAUUAUCAUGGCCAAAUCAGAGACAAUGAUAGAUCUAAUGUGGCUCUAUCCACCUGUAAUGGUUUACAUGGCAUGUUUGAAGAUGGGAUCCACAUGUACACAAUUGAGCCACUUAAACAGACUCACUCUAUUGAGGGAACGGCCAGACCCCACAUCUUAUACAGGACACCCAUCCGGCAACAAGGUCCAGCUGCUGGAGAGGAAGGACUGAAGGAAGAGCUGUCACAUCCAGAUGAUUCCUCUUGGCUUCGGCGGAGGAACAAGCGAGCUAUGCCCAGGAAUGUGUUUGAGGAGAUGAAGUACCUUGAACUGAUGAUCGUCAUUGACCACAACAUGUUUAAGAGACAUAAGACCAAACAGCACACACGGAAUUAUGCCAAGUCUGUGGUCAACCUGGUGGAUGCUAUUUUUAAAGAGCAUCUAAACACGCGUGUGGUUCUGGUUGCUGUGGAGAUGUGGACAGACAGGGAUCACAUUCCCAUCAGUGUCAUUCCAUUUGACAUGCUGAAGCACUUUUCCAAAUACCGACAGCAGCACAUCAGACAGCACGCGGAUGCUGUGCAUCUAUUUUCUAAUGUCACAUUUCACUAUCCACGGAGCAGUGCGGCGUAUUUCGGAGGGAUGUGUUCUGUGAGUCGUGGCGUUGGAGUGAAUGAGUAUGGGUCCACAUGGACAAUGGCACUCCUGCUGUCCCAGAGUUUGGCUCAGAAUCUUGGCAUUCAGUGGGACACAGCAUCAAAGAGAAAAGAGUGUGGCUGCGUGAAGUCUUGGAUUGGCUGCAUCAUGGAAGACACUGGGGCCCAGCAUUCACGGACCUUCUCCAAGUGCAGUAUCACUGAUUUUAAAGAGUUCCUGUUGAAGGGGGGAGGAUCCUGUCUCUUUAAUAAACCCAACAAGCUCUUUGAAGCCACAGAUUGUGGAAACGGAUACGUGGAAGCGGGAGAAGAGUGCGACUGUGGGCCGAGAGAUGAUUGUGUUAAAGAAUGCUGUAAGAAGUGUUCACUGUCGAAUGGUGCACACUGCAGUGAUGGACCCUGCUGCAAUAACUCAUGUCUGUUUUAUCCCCGGGGCUUCACGUGUCGCUAUGCAGUGAAUGACUGUGAUAUUUCAGAGACGUGCUCUGGAGACACCGGACAGUGCCCUCCCAAUCUACACAAGCAGGACGGUUACUUCUGCUCUCUCAACCAGGGUCGCUGCUAUGCUGGAGAGUGCAAGAUGAGAGAAAGUCAGUGUAAAUAUGUAUGGGGUCCAAAGGCUGCGAGCGCAGAGAAGUUCUGUUAUGAAAAGCUGAACACAGAGGGCUCAGAGAAAGGCAACUGUGGUCGGGAUGGUGAGAAAUGGAUCCAGUGCAGUAAACACGAUGUAUUUUGUGGCUAUCUGUUAUGCACUAACACUGGACAAAUCCCUCGUAUUGGAAUACUAAAAGGAGAUAUCACACCUACAAACUUCAAUCAUCAGGGCAGACUGAUCGACUGCAUCGGUGGUCACGUGUUGCUGGAUGAUCAGACUGAUGUCGGUUAUGUAGAGGAUGGAACUCCAUGUGGUCCAUCUAUGAUGUGUCUGGACAGAAAGUGUCUUCCCAUUCAGUCUUUGAACCUGAGCUCCUGCCCUACUGGACCCAAUGGACUCGUCUGUUCCAGUUAUGGGGUGUGCAAUAAUGAGGCCACGUGUUCGUGUGACUCAACAUGGGCAGGGACAGACUGCAGUAUACCUGACCCUCCAAAAGAGCCAAAGCCCAGUGAAGACGAGGGCCCGAAAGUCCUGUGUAAACUCAAGAGGAAAGCAGGGUAUCAGCCUUUCUGACAUGACAUGUGCUCCUCACGCCCUGUGCCGGGAGCACCAGGAUCUGUCUACUUGUGGAGGUGCUGGCUGGCACACAAUCUGAACAGUGAAACGGCGAGGAUAUGAUCCGAAUGCUGGCGGCAUCUAGUGGACAGAAAGAAAUGCUGAUCUCCAGGGCUUCAGCAAUCAGCUGGGCUUCUGUUUUUGCUGCUAUUUUCAGGCAUUAGGGUAUACUUGAAAAUAUUAUACAUAAUAGUGAGGAACUCAAUAAUACCUUAGUUAUGUAGCCACUCCCUUUUUAUAAAAGUCUUUUUGCCAUUUCACCCUAAAAAGUUAAUCAGAUCAUCCUUACAUGACAAAAGCAUGACAUCACACAAUACAGCUUGGUUUUGGCACCCUGAUAUAAGGAUAUGCAUGGCUAAACGAAUGCCUCCACGGUCAUCAAUCUCCAGCAGAGAACAGCAUUACAAUCUGUGAAGAGAUUAUUCGCACUGCAUAAGAGUUACUGAUCUCAGAUGCCCAUCAUUUUUUUUUUUUUUUGACAGAGGUUAUUAAACGCUGCAUGCCUAAGCUUUAGAGAGACAUGUGUUGAAUAAAAGUUUAGGUCAGAUUUCAUUCUACACAUACAUGGCAAUGUAGACGACUUAAAAUAUUUUUUUUUCUCAAAAAUGAAAAUUCGAACCGGCAUGUUUUUAUACCAUAAUACACAAGAGGAGAUGCAGAAUAUGAAUGCUGUUUUUUUAUUGGCUGAAGGUGGGUUUGGAAGAGCUUCAAAAAAAGACAAACACUGUAGUAGAGAUAAAGCUGCACAGUUCUGAAGCCAUAUGAUCAUUUAGUCUGAGAAAAUCCUUCCUUCAAUAUGUGUGAAUAAAAAAUCAUGUGGGUGAACAUGUAUACAUAAUGUACAGUUUAAGAUCUUGGACUGUAAGUCAUUUUUAACAGAUCGUUUGGUCUCAUUUAGUUUGUUGUUUUCUGCCUAUUUUCAAGUCGCACUGUUAUUUUUAGCAACAUUUAUUUCAAGUCAAUUGCUAUACGUUAGUAAGUGUAAGUAUAUUAAGUUAUCGCUCAGUUAUUUGCUCUGAAAUGGGAACGUAAGUGAACACCUAUAGAUGCUGUAUGUCACAUUGAAUUAGUAAGUGACUCUAAGCCAAAGAUCUAAAGAACAAAAUGUAUGUUUGGAUGUUAAACACAGCACUUUACUGUGAUGUUGAUUCACCUGUGAGGUAAGGUAGUGAUAUGGUAACUGAUCACCUCAAACGCACCGGCAAUAAUUCAGUCCUUACAUUACACUGUACCUUGUUUUACCUGUUAAAUCUGCUUUAUUCAGACCUUAUUAUAAAGUCUUUAUUGUCCAUAACGUUCACCUUUAGCGGCCAGUGCUGAAACCAUUGCUUUGCUGCAUGAAUUCACUUUAGUGGGCUUAUUACUCUGUAAGUAUGAAGUGUGAUUGCCCGUAGGAAUAUACAGUAUAUUUCAGAGACUGCGUUGUGCUAUAUGUGCAUGUCAGCUACAAACCUUUUAUUUACUAUGCAAAAGAAUUUGCUGCACAAAGCAAAAGGAUAAAACAGCAAAAUAUUAUUUUAAAAUCUCACAUUUGCCCCAGUUCUUCAUCCAUGAUGAUUAUGCCACGUUUCACAUAUCAGGAAUUAAACAACUGUUUCUUAUUAUCCUAGAAAGGAAUGAAUGUAUUUUCUUUUCUAAAUAAAACUCAUUACAUUUCACAUUUGAGGUUUCAGGAAACACUUUUCUUUUUUUGUCAUUAGCACUAUUCUUGAGAUGCUGUUACUCAUAGAAAUCCAUAAUGCAUAAGCAAAAGUCAUGAAAAUAAUAAAAUCAACAAUAUUUUACAUCUUU